ACAGAUACUUACAUAAUGUCGUUAGGCAAUAAUAAACAAUUUAAGAAUAUUUGACGAAAUAAUUUCACACUUUUUCCAAAAGCCGACAUGUACCAUAACCAGGAAGUAAACGGUGUCAUGUGAUCCCUGAAAAAUGGCUACUGUGAUGUGGCGCUCCCGGUGGCGCGACUAUGACGCUGAGCUGCAGAGGACCCGUCUGGAAGCCAUGCCGCUUGAAUUCUCUGACUCCCAUCCCCUCAAACCUAUUUUAGUGACAGAAAGCAAAGCUCGCCGUGGAACUCGCAAGGGCAGCACCUCCUCCUCCUCAUCCUGCUCUUCCUUAGCGGCGCCGGACCCCCUCAGCUCUAUGCUGGACGGAACCGAUCCACUGUCCAUGUUUGCGGCUGAAACUCCGUCCAUGACACACGUUGCCUUCGCCGGGGAUGCGAGGAAGAAAGGGGAGAAGGAGGACGAGCCAGUGGGAGCCGAUUUUGAGCCUUGGUCGAUGAAGCGAGGCGAGAUCCUGGCGAGGUUUACCACCACUGAAAAACUCUCAAUUAACCUAUGCUUGGGCGCCGACAAAGGUAAGGACAGAAAUUCACAGAAUCCCGGAUCCUCUGCUGUGUCAGAGAAGGUUCGCACUCGGUUGGAAGAACUGGAUGAUCUGGAAGAGGGUUCCCAGAGAGAGCUCCUCAAUCUCUCCCAGCAGGAAUAUGCCAACCGUAUCCAAGAGCUGAACCAGUCUCUGAAAGAGGCCUGGGCCUCGGACCAAAAGGUCAAAGCACUGAAGAUCGUAAUCCAGUGUUCCAAGCUCCUCUCGGACACUUCCGUAAUCCAGUUUUACCCAAGCAAGUUUGUUCUCAUCACUGACAUACUUGACACUUUUGGCCAGCUUGUGUAUGACAGAAUUUGGAGCAUGUGUUCAGAUCCGAAACCUUUACCAGAUUCAUUUACAGCGAGCGAUGUCAACGACACAGCCAAGGAAACGUGCCUCAACUGGUUUUUCAAGAUCGCCUCCAUUAGAGAACUCUUACCCCGAUUAUACGUGGAAGCCUCCAUCCUCAAGUGCAAUCGCUUCCUGAACAAAUUCGGUAUUCAAGACACUCUUCCACGACUGACCGCCAUGAUAAGAGGGAUCGGCGACCCCUUGGUGGCGGCUUACACCCGAGCGUACCUCUGCAGGGUUGGCAUGGAAGUAGCCCCAAGCUUGAAAGACAGCCUGAAGCGCAACUUCUUCGACCUGCUCGGAACCUUCCGGCAGAUCAACGGGGAGAGUGUUGGCAGCCAGCUGCUCGCGCAGAGAGUGGAGAUGCCCGAGUACCUGACUCUCUAUUCGCCCGCUAUCAACUGGAUCUUGCACUGUAGUGCCUACAGAGCACCGGAGAGUGUCCUGACAGAAAUGAUGGAGAGAUGUAAGAAGCUGGGUAACAAUGCCCUGCUGCUGAAUUCAGUGAUGAGGGCAUUCAGGCCCGAGUUUGUCGCCACAAGAGCCAUGGAUUUCAUCGGGAUGAUAAAAGACUGCGACGAGGCCGGGUUCCCCAAGCAUUUAUUAUUUGGAUCGCUGGGUCGCUGUCUGGCUUGCGCUGACCCUCCAGAAUCAGAGAGGCUGACCAUCCUCAACGAAACCUGGAAAGUCAUCACCAAAGUCCGCAAUCCUCGGGAUUAUGUCAACUGUGCUGAGAUCUGGGUGGAGUUCACCUGCCGAAAUUUCACAAAACGUGAGGUGAACACCGUUCUGGCAGACAUCAUCAAACACAUGACUCCCGACCGAGCCUUUGAGGACGCCUACGUUCAGCUGCAGUCUGUAAUCAGGAAGAUCCUCGCCCACUUCCACGACUUCUCAGUCCUCUUUUCCAUGGAGCGUUUCCUCCCGUUUCUGGACAUGUUUCAAAAAGACGGCGUGAGGGUGGAAGUGUGCAAGUCCAUCAUGGAUGUCUUCAUCAGACAUCAGCUGGAGCCAACUAGAGACCCGGUCAUCCUCAACGCCGUGAUGCACAUCUGCAAGACCAUGCAUGAUUCUGUCAACGCUCUCACCCUCGAGGAUGAAAAAAGAUCUUUGUCGGUGCUCAUCAUCGGCUUUAUGCGCGUGUUCUGUCAACCGGACUUUUUACAAUGGGUUUCCUUUGGCCGAGACUUUGAGCAACAGUUGAGUUUUUGCGUGGAGGCCAGAGCCACAUUCUGCAACCUGGAGCCCGUCCUGGUUCAUCUCAUUCACACGGUGAAUCAGCUAGCGAUGGAGACCAGACGGGUGAUGCGUGGAAAUCAUUCCCGCAAAACCGCCGCAUUCGUCCGGGCAUGUGCCGCCUACAGUUUUAUCACCAUCCCGUCACUCAGCAGCAUCUUCAGUCGUCUCCAUCUUUAUCUGCUGUCUGGCCAGGUUGCGUUGGCCAACCAGUGUUUAUCCCAAGCGGAUGCUUUCUUAAAAGCAGCAGUCAGUAUCCUUCCGGAGGUGCCACGCUCCAUCAGCGUGGAAGGGAAGCUUCGCUCUUCGGAGAGUUUCCUGCUCGACUUUGUCAACAACUUCCUGGCUACGCUUCUAGUCGUCCCGGAUCAUCCAGAACAUGGUGUGCUCUACUUAGUCCGAGGUGUGCUCAACAUGGUGCAGGAUUACGCUUGGGAGGACAACAGUGACGCCAAAGUGCGCGUGUACAUCUCCGCCCUCCCACUGCUGGCUGCCAUGAGCCAGGAAACAUACCUGUACACAAUUCCAAAAGUGGACUCGAAUGAGACCCUAUACGGCGGAGACCCCAAAUUCCUCACGGAGAUUAACAAACUGUGCGAGACCCUUAUUGGGCAGAUCCUGGACCACCUGAAGGUUCUCGGUCGAGACGAGCAGUUGAGCACUCGCCGCCAGGGCGCUUUGGCCUUCUCGCUCUUCUGCGUCCUGCUCGCUCAUGGAGACCUGAGGAACAACAAGCUGAGCCAGUUGGCCGUCAAUUUGUGGAAUCUCAGUCACAAACAUGGACACUGUGAGACGCGCAUUUCUGUUCGGACACUCGAGUCCAUGAAGCAUCAGGCACUGCAGGCUGACAUGUCUCACCUGUCGGAAACGGUCCAGAGGCUCGCAUUGCAGUCUCGUACUUGAGUACCAAGCAUCAACAAAUAUAUUUUGGAAAAGUAUGGUUCACUAUAAAGUGGAAAGCACUAAAAAUUGCCUUAAUGAAAUGUAAGGUUAGCUAGGUUUGAUGAAAACAAACAUCAUCCUACUUGUGUUUACAGCCAUCAAGAGCAUUUUUAGAGAUUUAAUAAAUGCUACGUUCUAAUAACAAGCCUUGUAGUGAAUCCUGUAAGCAGCAUUUAAAAUAAUACAUUAAAACAGCACUUAAGUUGGUUGUAUUAUCAUGCAGUUCCAUUCAUAUAAUUUAUAUAUAUUUAUCUCAAUCCUCCAUCAUAUUUAUACAGUGCUGAUCAUUUAUGAAUUAAGCUUGGUUAUGAAGCAAAUAAUGUCCUUGCUGGAUUUCAUUUGUAACGUUAGUGCUUUUUUUCCCCCCAUAAUGCCUCAAUAAAGAAAAUGGACAGGACAA